UUAUAUGCAACGUUGCCACGUUCUCGAAACAGCGGGCGCUCCACCGGCAUACUCGCGCUCUGAUUGGUCGAGGAGCGCGGCCGCCUCGCGCUCUGAUUGGUCAGUGUUUUCCGUUAAUAUCUCCUCAACGAAGCCUCGGACAACAUUUUCGCUAAGGAAAAAGUUGUUUCAAAUCACCUCCCGAACCGCCCCUUUCAAGGUGUUGCAACAUUUUUGUGCAUUUUUGGGACACCCUGUAUAUAGCCGAAGACUAUAAGCCUCCUGUCAAACGGCGACGAAAAAUCACGAAAUUCAAAAAUUCAAAUGAACAUAUCUAGCGAACUAAACGGUAAAUUGAACCCAUAUUUCACACAGACAUCAAUUAAGAUAUUAAUUGUAAGUCGUCAAAAUUAUGAGACGAUCCGUUAUCUGUUAUCACUUUCGACCAAACUACCUUAAAGUCAUCCCUGGUAUCGCUGUCGGUGGUAUUCCGUAUUUACUUCAAACUAUCAAUCACUAUCAAUGAACGAUCGUCUUAAAUCGCUCAGCAGUGAAAAUGAAAUUAACAGCUGGGAUAAUUCUGACAAGACUAGGGAAACGAUUUAACAUUAAUCUCGUUCAGUUGUGUAACAUCACGAAUAUUCCUAAAAGGUGUUACAGCGAAAAGCUAGCUAAACCUAACCUCUACAACAUCAAGAGUAAAAGCAAUAUACAAACAAGCAAAAUUGGGUUGGGUGGAUAUUGUUUACUGAGCGUACCGAUUGUCACAUUUAUACUUGGUACGUGGCAAGUUCAAAGACGCAGAUGGAAGUUGAAUCUAAUAGAGUCUUUGAACGAACGUACUACUCACGAUCCUCUUCAACUACCGGCUAAUUUAGAGGAAUUAGAAUCGAUGGAGUAUUACCCCAUCAAAGUGAAAGGUGAAUUCAUAUACGAGAAAGAAUUCGUUGUAGGAUUUAGAAAUCUGAUAGUAGAUGGUAAGACCGAAGGCAGCGGUUCUUUAGUCGGGACUAAAGAUGGUAAGAAAGGGUAUUGCGUUGUUACACCCUUUAAAUUAUCGGAUCGAGAUUUGACGAUUCUGGUAAAUCGUGGCUGGGUUCCAAGAACCCAUAAAUCUUUAGCGAAGAGGCAGGAAUAUCAAAUAAAAGGAGAAGUAGAAAUUACAGGAAUUUUAAGGCUGAACGAACAUCGACCACCGUUCGUUCCCAAACACAGGACAGACACUGACAUAUGGUCUUACAGAGACGUGAAUGCAAUGGCUGAGAAAGCAGGGACAGCUCCCAUCUAUCUGGAAAUGGCUUACGAUAAAGAUCUACCUAAAUUUCCAGUGGGAGGUCAAACGCAAGUGCAUUUAAGGAACGAACAUCUGAGCUAUAUAAUCACAUGGUAUGCCCUCUCCGCGUCUACUGGGUAUAUGUGGUACAAGGUAGUCUCUAAGAGGUUGCGUGCGAUAUAAGUUUACAUGUAAAUCGAAAAACAAGAAUAAAAUAAGUGGCGAACUCGAACGGAAGUAGGGGAUUCGUAGAGUUCUUUAUUUGAUAACGUAACAAAGUGAAUUCGACGCCAACGGAAUAAUAGAAAUCCUUCGUCCAAAACAUCGCCUUUUAUUAUUACUAUCAUUAUUAUUAUAACAACAACGAUAACCACUACCAACAAAACUGUCAACAAUGGUCAUGGUAUACAAUUACAUUAAAGGAGUUAGCAUAGAAAAUACAGAUAUGAAAAUAUACCAUACAAAUAUGAAAAUACACCAUGUACAUGCUACAUCAACUUUCCUUUAGUUUCAUUAUAUCACGUGAUAUUUAAAUGUAAUCGAUUCGAGCGACGUGGUCGCUUUCAAACACUCGCAAGAAAUUCCCGGACUUUUUUGUGCAUUCGCGAAAACUCGUGAUUGACUUACAGUUACGUUACACAACCGAUCGUGGCAUUCCAGUAUUUUCAGGUAGCGCGAGAGGUAUCGGAUUCGUUCGAGAAACGUACUUAUGGCGUUCUCUAAUUUAAUCAUGAACACUCGUAUCAAAGAAAAAGAUAAGACGCGACUCCAUGGUGUUUCGAAGGCUCGUCGCGUUCACCCCGAUGACUUUUCAUCACUGGAAGAUGUUCUAGAUAAGGUCUCGAGUACAGAGGCGAGAACAGUUGACUGACUCGUUACUUUCAAGCUGUUCGCUUAGAGGAAUGCAAUGUAUGAUAUACCAAGUUUACUCUGUGUUAAUUUAGUUAACGCCUGGAACGAUAUUAGAUUUAUUGUCGACGAAAUUAUCGAUAUUAAAUAGACGUAACAAGCGUUAAUCCUAGGUGCACGGAACACAUUCUAAAAUAAACCUUCCUAGAGCACUCUUUAAAAAUAUAAAAUAUGAAUCUCGGAUUCCUUGAUCCGUAACAAUUUUAUAAUUCAUAUAUCGGAUAAGAGAAAAUUACUUUUGUUAUUUCUCAUUAAUCUCUAACUAUUGCACGUUUCUGAAUGGUGAUCGCAAAGCUGGCACGGAUUGGUGACGCGAAAUCGUUUUAUUCUGUUCGUUGUAAAAAAAAGAAAAUAUAUAUAUAUAUAUAUUUUGUGUAUCAACUGUUGGUCCUCGAUCAAUUCCGUUUCCCUCAAAGUACAUCCUUCUCGCGUUUUUGUACUAAAUUAUCGAUCAGA